AUGUCUGUCUACAAGCUCAAGACCCUCGCCAGCAUUCUGGCCCUCUGCGCUCCUCUCAUCGCCGCCACCGAUGGCCAGGGAGAGAGUGUCCAGUCUGCUCACACUGAUGCUCCCUACACCCACGAGUAUGGUGCUAGCAUCUCCGACGGCUCCGCCGUUCACUCCUUGACCGUUUGCUCCGUUGUUCACGAGACCAAGUGCAUUGACACCACCUCCGUCGCCGGCGAGACUGUUCAGCCUUCUGCUGCUUCCGCUGCCUCCCCUGUCCUCGCUUCAGGCCAGCCUUCAGUCCCUGCUGGUGGCGAGCAGACUACCUACCACGGCGAGGGUGUUUCUGCUAGCACUGAGGGUGCUCCCGCUCCCACUGUUCCUGUUGUUUCGACCACCAUCGUUCCUAGUGCUCCUGGCGCUCCCGGUGCUUCUGGAACCAACUACGCACCUCCUGCUGGAGAGACUGCUUCCGCCGCCUCUGAUGCUCAGGGCUCUAUGCCCCCCGUCGCUCCAUCCGGUGCCGUUCCCUCCGAUGGUGGUGUCCAGCCUCUGCCUUCUCUCAUCAGCACCACCGACGUUGCUGGUAACCCAACCGUCCUGACCACUCUCUACAGCGAGCCUUCUGCCGCUGCCAGUGACACUGCCACUGCUGUCGUCACUGACUCCGAGACUGUCUACGACACCACCGCCGUCUCUGGAACUGCCACCGGCACUGACUCCGAGGAGACCGUAGACAUCGAUGCUACUGGUACUCCCAGCGUCACUGCCUCUGCAGCUUCCAAGAAGCUCUCCCCCGGCGCCAUCCUUGGCUUCGUCGCCGUCGUUUUUGCUGUCGUCUUUUAA